GAUAAGAAUUCUAGCCGAGGGAACUGGGCCAGUAAGAAGGAGUACAUCCUUUCCACAAUCGGUUAUGCCGUCGGCCUCGGGAAUAUCUGGAGGUUUCCAUACUUGGCCUACAAAAACGGAGGGGGAGCCUUUCUUAUUCCGUAUUUUGGAAUGUUAGUGGUUGCCGGGAUUCCGCUUUUCUUCCUGGAGAGUGCAUUAGGACAAUUCUGCAGCCAAGGACCGAUUCAUGUCUGGAGAGCAGUGCCAAUACUACAAGGUGUUGGUGUUGCCAUGGUGAUGGUGACCCUCAUUGUGUCCGUGUACUACAACGUCAUCAUCGCCUACAGCCUGUAUUACAUGUUUGCGUCCUUCCAGUCUCCUCUGCUGUGGUCCGGUUGCAUGGGAUGGGCUGACAGCAACUGCAGCAACUCACCUAAAGUGCAUUGCAAUAUAAGCGGAGUUUUAGUGGCCAACUGGACUCAAGAAAACAUAACCUGUCCUUCAUCCAGCAAGAUAAGAGUUCCAGUGCAGAGUCCCAGUGAGCAGUACUGGGAUCGUGUGGCCCUACAGAGAUCCAGGAGUAUCGAGGAGACGGGUCCGGUCGUUUGGUACUUGGCUCUGUGUUUGCUGCUCAGCUCCGUCGUUGUUGCUGCAGCGCUAAUCAAAGGCAUUAAGUCGUCAGGAAAAGUUGUGUACUUCACCGCUACGUUCCCGUACGUGGUGCUGGUGAUCUUACUGGUCCGAGGGGUGACGCUGGAAGGAGCGAUAGAUGGGAUAGAGUUCUAUGUUGGUUCCCAGUCCAACUUGACUAAGCUCACCGAGGCACAAGUGUGGAAAGAUGCUGCGACUCAGACUUUCUACUCUUUGUCUAUCGGCUGGGGUGGAGUCAUGACACUCGCUUCCUAUAAUAAAUUCCACAACAACAUGUUAAAGGAUUCGUUUGUUGUGACGCUCACUAAUGCUGGCACGAGUGUGCUGGCUGGCUUUGCCAUAUUUUCCAUUUUGGGUCACAUGGCUCAUGUUUACCAAAUUCCCGUUGAAGAAGUGGUGAAGGAAGGAUUUGGCUUGGCCUUCAUUGCGUAUCCGGAUGCUUUGUCAAAACUUCCUGUUUCUCCUCUGUGGUCCUUUUUAUUCUUUUUUAUGCUGUUGACUGUUGGUCUGGACUCUCAGUUUGCUGGAAUAGAGGUGAUCACGACCUGCCUGAUUGACGCUUUCCCUAAAAGCUUGACGUCCAAACAUGCUCUACUUACCAUAACGACCAGCGUGCUUCUCUACCUGCUGGGUUUGCCUUGUGUCAGUCAGGCAGGAAUAUACUGGGUGACUCUGGUGGACCAGUUUGUUGCCAGUUGGGUUCUCCUCAUUUUGGCUCUCUUGGAGAUCAUUGGUGUCAUCUUCAUAUACGGGGGGAACCAGUUCAUCAUGGAUGCAGAGAUGAUGCUCGGCAAGAAGAGUUGCGCCUAUUGGUUUUGGUGGAGAGUGUGUUGGUUCGCCAUUAGUCCUUGUGUUAUUGUGGUGAUCCUGAUUUGGUCUCUGAUGACCUUCACGCCCCCCGCCUAUGGAAGUGUCCAAUAUCCAGCGUGGGCACUCGCUCUAGGAUGGUGCAUGGUAGCGUUUAUUCUUCUUUGGAUUCCAGUCAUGGCUACGUAUAAGCUGAUAAGAGCACAGGGAAAUGCAUUGGAGCGCGUGAAAUCACUGUGCUGUCCCUCGGAAAAAUGGCAUCCUUAUCUGGAUGUCCAUCGCGGUGAACGGUACUCGGAAGAACAUUGCAGGCGCAGAAAGACCCGCUGCAAGCAGACCAGACCGGAAACACGUAUAAAUGUCAUCUCCAGCUCAUGGUUGUGAUAAUUUGGGUAAAAAUGUUUACGGGAAU